AGAAUAUUCUGUGAUGUCACCAGUGUUGUGGUGACACCAACUGCCUGAAUGAUAUCCCUCCAGAGCCUAAGGGGUUCUGAAGGGGGCAUGUUCUCCAGGUUCCUCAGUCUAUUUCGGAGGGAGAAUCAUAGACAUGCAGAGACCAGACCAAGGCAGAAUGAGGCCAGACUUCAAUCAGAGUUUGCUCAGAAGGCAUCAUCCCAACCCUCCACAGGCCCUGUUGAGGAGGAGAGAAUGAAGCAUUUGGAGAACCUCAAAACUGCUCUCCACAAGAUGCAAAAUGAGAGAGAUGAACUCCGGAGAAUCCUGGCAUAUUACCCUAGAAAGAAUUUAAAUGACAGGAUCAACUUUGAGUCUGAGAUGCUCAUGAUGCAACACCAGCAAGUGAUGACUGACCUACAGAAAAUGCGCCAGCAGAUCAAUGAAGGCUUGUGGAAGUCCAAUCAACUCAGGAAACAAAACCAAUUGUACUGCCUCAGGUACUCCCUCCUACGAAGUGAGUCUAUUCGGCUGAAGCACAAUGUCAAGAGAGCACAGAAUGAGAACAGGGAGCUUCUAUGGGAACAAAUUGCACUGGAAGAGUCCAUUAAGGAAACUGCGAGGUUCCGUGUGGAAGCCAGUAUGAAAAACCACGUAACAAGCAGCAUCAGGAUGAGCAGAGAAGAGAAUGAACCUCUUAAUGGGUCCUUGCCGAUGGAAAGGGGAGAUGGUGGCAUUGCUGAUAAUCUACUGGCCUCUGUGGAAGAUUCCACUGUGCUUCAAACUGAUCUGUGGAAGACAGCUGCUGCAUAAAAAGAAGUUGUGUUUGCUAGUGGAAGCUUUUCUGAGACUGCUCAAUCUGCCUCUCAGUAUAAUUUUACCACAUUUAAGAAAGAAAAGUUACUACUUGUAUUCCUAUGUCAUAUUUGUUUUUAACAGGUAGAUUUAAUUUUACUAAUUGAUUUGCUUGUAUUAACUGUCAUUUGUAUUCAUGUAUUAAUUCAUCUAUUCAGUUUAUUAUGAAUUAAGAUUCUAUUAUGAUAUUCAGCAAAAAUUUUAUGUAUGGAUGACUUAAUUUGGGAUGUCAUUGGCCUCAAGAUCUUCAUGUGAUUAUUGAACUUUUUAAUAAUCUGAAGAGAAGUAAAAUAAUCAUUAGAAUCAUUGUAGCUCCUAUUUUUUUCCUUUAUGCACUUUUAUUUUUAAAAAAUUGUCAUUAAUAUAUAAACAUCUCAUUCUCUUAAAGAAUUCUACAGCUUUACAGCUGCUUGCUGAUAUGUGCAUAGGAAAUUACCACAAUACAAAAGUAAGGGGUGAAGUAGCAGAACAGCACCUGAUUUAUGCUUUUGAUGUAGGUGUGUCCACGGAUAAACAUCUAGAAGCCUUACAAAACUAUUUACACUGUAUCUUGCCUAUUUACAGGUCGUAGCAACUUUUCUAACAAACAAAACUAUAUUUUAUCAAGUUAUGAUAAUUGUUUCCAACAAAACUUACUAUAUUACCACAAAAUAAUUAAUGAUGAAACAAUAUUUUAAAAACAACAUUAAAUUUUUCAUUUAGACUGCUUUUGGCAUUUGCUUGUGAUUUUUGCCCUUUGGUUACCAGCAUCAAUGUCACAUUCCUAGCCAUAUUGCAUAUUGGUAAGAUUUCAACACAUCACUGAUAUCAAAGACAGACACCGAGUCAGUAUUAAUAACAGAUUACCUACAUGGUACUGUAAUUUCAAUAAAAUUACUGUCUCACUGGAUAUUACAUGCAAAAAUCCAUAAAUUGUCACUUAACCCACAGCACGGCAGGAGCAAACAUCCCAGUCUGACAGAAAAACUGUACCGGAAGUUCAACGCUUCCCCUCGAGAAAACAGCGUUGUAAGAUCAACAAGAAACACAACUGUCCUUCUCCACUUAAAAAAUGAUACUGUUUCACUUAUGGUAAGACUGUUAAUGUCUGUGUAUUUUAACUAUCUUUAAGCUUAAAUUCACAUGAGAAAAAUCUUACAUUUAUAAUAAAAUCUUAUUUCAAUCAGUGAA